CUCUCGCUGUGGGAGAAGAUACCGUUGUCGCUCUGAGCUGUCCAAGAUAAAAAUACGCUUUGGAGGCGCUUGUGAGGAAAGGUGACAUUCCGAAGCUUCAAACUCCAUAUCUGCCAAUCAUGCUGACAGUGAAGACUCCAAAAACAAAGAAAGCUAAACGAGCUCUUGAUAAACGUGCCCCCAAAUUCGUUGAGAAUUUGAAGAAGACCUUGAUUCUUCAUGGUACCAAGACCAGCAAUGUAUUGAAUCAUGUGUUGACUGAAAUUUAUCAUCUAAAGAAGGACUGUGCCAUAAAAUACUCCCGGAAGAAUGAUAGCAUUAGGCCCUUUGAAAGUGGUGGAGAAACCUCUUUAGAGUUCUUUUCUCUCAAAACCGACUGCAGUCUUUUUAUUUUUGGUUCUCACUCAAAGAAAAGGCCGAACAAUCUAGUUAUAGGGCGGACUUAUGAUCACCACAUUUAUGAUCUUGUGGAGGUUGGAGUGGAAAAUUUCAAAACCAUGGAGUCGUUCUCAUAUGACAAGAAAAUGGCUCCACGUGUAGGGUCAAAACCUUUCUUUGCUUUUCUAGGAGAAGGUUUUGAGAAUGUAGAAGAACUGAAACAUUUAAAGGAAGUUUUGCUUGACUUAUUCAGGGGAGAGGUUGUAGAGAAUUUAAAUAUUGCUGGUGUAGACCAUGCUUAUGUGUGUACGGCUGUGUCCUCUAAUAGAGUGUUCUUUACGCACUGUGCACUCCGACUGAAAAGGUCAGGCACAGUUGUCCCAAGGAUGGAAAUGGUAGAAGUUGGCCCUUCCAUGGAUUUUGUGGUUCGGCGGCAUCGUCUUCCUAAUGACAGCCUAAAGAAAGAAGCUAUGAAAACUGCUACUGACCGUCCUAAGAAGAAGGAGAAGAAUGUUAGCCGUGAUGUAAUACAAGGGAAGAUUGGAAAGAUCUACAUUCCUGACCAACAGGUCGGUGAUGUGGCUCUAUCUCACAAAGCAAAAGGGUUGAAAAGGGAACGUCGUGAAGGUAAGCUGAAGAAUAAUGUGAGUGAACACAAAGCAAAGAAGCAAAAGGCAGACGGUGAGUGAUUGAUUUGGGAUGUUGGCCUUCUGUUGUAACCUUUUCUUUGUGUCUCUGUCAGAGAGGUUGGAUUAGAUUAUUACUUCAUUACUUUAAUGGCAUGUAAUUCUGAUAAUCGAUAAUGAAAUUAAAUUUGCUG